AUGAGUGCGCAUGUAGGCAUUCUGCUGGAGAUGUUUUACGAAACUUUAAGGAUGAUAUACCUUGGAUGUUUCCUGUUGCUCUGUGGGCUUACGCAUGUCAUGGCAAGCUAUCCUAUCUGGUGGUCACUAGCAGUCGGCCACCAGUACUCAUCACUGGGCACUCAACCUAUCCUUUGUGGCAGCAUACCAGGCCUGGUGCCCAAGCAGCUGCGUUUCUGCCGGAACUAUGUGGAAAUCAUGCCGAGUGUGGCUGAGGGGGUGAAGAUUGGGAUCCAGGAGUGUCAGCACCAGUUCAGAGGCCGACGCUGGAACUGCACCACGAUCAAUGACAGUCUGGCCAUUUUUGGUCCAGUGUUAGAUAAAGCCACUCGAGAGUCAGCUUUUGUUCACGCUAUUGCCUCGGCGGGAGUGGCGUUUGCGGUGACCCGUGCCUGCGCCGAGGGUUCAGCCAACAUCUGUGGAUGUGAUACACGUCACAAAGGCCCCCCUGGUGAGGGCUGGAAGUGGGGUGGCUGCAGUGAGGAUUUGGAGUUUGGAAGCAUGGUGUCCCGGGAGUUUGCUGAUGCAAGAGAGAAUCGGCCUGACGCACGCUCAGCAAUGAACCGCCAUAACAACGAAGCAGGGAGAAUGUCUCUCAACGACAACAUGUUUCUGAAGUGUAAGUGCCAUGGACUCUCUGGCAGCUGCGAGGUCAAGACAUGCUGGUGGUCUCAGCCUGACUUCCGAGUUGUUGGGGACUACAUGAAGGACAAGUAUGACAGCGCUUCUGAGAUGGUGGUUGAGAAACAUAAGGAGUCCCGUGGAUGGGUGGAGACCCUGAGACCCAAGUACAACUACUUCAAACCCCCUACAGAGCGCGACCUGGUUUAUUAUGAAAGUUCACCCAAUUUCUGUGACCCCAAUCCUGAGACCGGCUCCUUUGGCACUCGGGAUCGCAUCUGCAACCUGACGUCCCACGGCAUAGACGGGUGUGACCUCUUGUGCUGCGGCAGAGGUCACAACACGAGGACUGAGAAAAGAAAGGAGAAGUGUCACUGUAUUUUCCACUGGUGCUGCUAUGUCAGCUGUCAAGAGUGCGUGAGGGUGUACGAUGUGCACACCUGCAAAUAG